AUGAAGAUUGAAGUUGAUACCUUUUCAGGUUCCAAGAUCUACCCAGGUAGAGGUACCUUGUUUGUUAGAGGAGACUCUAAGAUUUUCAGAUUCCAAUCAUCGAAAUCUGCCUCCCUUUUCCACCAAAGAAAGAACCCAAGAAGAAUUUCAUGGACCGUUUUAUACAGAAGACACCACAAGAAAGGUAUUUCUGAAGAAACUUCUAAAAAGAGAACCAGAAAGACCAUUAAACACCAGAGAGCUAUUGUUGGUGCUUCAUUGGAAUUGAUCAAAGAAAGAAGAAGUCAAAAACCAUCUGACAGGAAAGCUGCUAGAGAUUCCAAAUUAGCCAAGGACAAAGAAGCUAAGAAAGCCGCAAAAGCCGCUAGAAAAGCUGAAAAGGCCAAGGCUGCUGCUUCAGGUGCUUCAGUUGUUUCAAAACAAGGUGCUAAAGGUUCAUUCCAAAAAGUUAAAGCUACUUCUCGUUAA